GCAUCCUUUGGUUUUGAAGAUCACGUUAAACUUCAAGCAUCGAAUUUGUCAAAACCAAUUACUACCUGGUUGUCAGUAGCUAACAACAAACAAUUAUACUGGAGUGGUGAAAGUCGAUCAGAAUGGUUAUUAAGUACAAAAUCAUGGACUUGGAAACAGCAGUUAGAUGAAUUAGAAAAUACGAGUUAUUUAUGCUUUUUAUUAGAUGAGACAACUGAUGUUAGCAAUAUUAAACAACUCGUAAUCUGUCUUCGAUUUUUUAAUAUCAAAACAGCCAAAAUUGUCGAACAAAUAUUUAAAUUGGUCCCUAUUGAAUCUCAAACAGGAGAGGUGUAA